AUGGGCUUACGGGAAGACAUGCACCUCAGUGGCUCGGAGUAUUCUUGGGCGAGCAGUAUAUAUUACUUUGGUUAUCUUGUCGCUUCUUACCCGGCAGGUGUUCUGAUGGGAUACGUGGCUAAUUUCUUCAGCCUCGUCUGGGGUGUCAUUCUGAUGUUCACUGCGCUUUGCUCCAACGCUGGAGGCUUGCUGGCAAAUCGCAUUAUGCUAGGCGUCGCUGAGGCUGCCAUUGCUCCUGGGCUAAGCAUCGUGAUCUCCAUGUGGUAUAAGCGCUCAGAGCAGCCUCUUCGACACGGUGCUUGGUUUCUAGGCAACACGAUUGCGGGUAUAUUUGGAGGUAUCGUGGCAUAUGCCAUUGGACACAUUGAGAGCAUUGCUCCCUGGAAGGUAGGUUGA